GCAAAAAUAAUAAAAAAUAAUAAGAUUUCAUCCGUCUAAAUGAGAUUUUUCAUUGAUGAUCUACCUGUGGUUUUCCCAUAUCCUACGGUAUAUCCAGAGCAGUACAAGUACAUGUGUUCUCUUAAAGAGACUUUGGAUGGUGAAGGCCAUGCUAUCUUGGAGAUGCCAACAGGAACGGGGAAGACAGUCUCCUUGUUGUCUUUGAUUGUGAGCUAUAUCCGUGAAAAAAUGCCAAAUUUUAAGCUAAUUUAUUGAACCAGAACUGUCGUUGAGAUGGAGAAAGUACUUGAAGAACUCAAAGGUCUCAUGGAUGCUAGGCUUGAAGAAGGCAAGGACUCUGAUGAUCUCCUCGCACUCUGCCUCAGUACGAGAAGGAAUCUGUGAAUUCAUAAAGAAGUCAAGAAAGAAGUUGAGAGAACAACUGUAGACAGGCUCUGCAGAAUCAAGACAGCCGAGUGGGUUAGAAAUGAUUACGAAAUGAGAGGAGGGUUACCAGACAUCGAAGAUAUAGGCAAUGACCAUGACCUUUGUAGAUACUAUGAGGGAUACAUGAAAUCCACUGAUGAUGUGCUACUAAAAACUGGAAUUUACACUCUAGAAGACUUAAAAGAGUUUGGAGAGCAAAGAAAUAUUUGUCCUUAUUACCUUGUCAGGCAGUACUUGUAUCGUGCGAAUAUUAUUGUGUUCAACUAUGCUUAUAUGAUUGACCCAAAAAUUUCAGCAGCAGUUUCGAGUGAGCUCAACAAAGAUUGAAUAGUUGUGUUUGAUGAGUGUCAUAACAUGGACAAUGCUUGUAUAGAAGGGCUCACCCUCCAUAUUGACAAAAAGAUGCUGCAAUUAGCAGUGAAAAAUAUCGAAAAGUUAAAGACUUUAGUUGAUGAGAGUAAGAAGAAAGGGUCAAGAAGACUUCAAUCUGAGUAUAACCAGUUACUAAAAAGCCUGAGCGAAAGCUCACUCAAUGACAAGAAAAAGAUUAGAAAUGAUGUUAUAGACUUCAAAAGAGCAGAAGGUAAAACUUUAGAAAGCGUUAUGCCAGGAAAUAUCAGAAAAGCAGACCACUUUCUUGCAUUUGUAAGGAGAGUGGUGAUGUUUGUCAAAGAGCAACUCACUAAGAAUGAGCUGAUGAUAAUUCAUCCCUCAAAUUUUAUGUUCAAGCUACAAUUUGAGCAAUAUUGUGAUGAGAGAGGUCUUAAAUUUGCACAUGAUAGACUCAAUUCCUUGCUAAAUACUUUAGAGAUUAUCGAUGUUGAGGAAUACUCUCCACUGAAGUUGAUAGUUGACUUUGGAUCAAUGCUUGCUGAAUAUGAAGAUGGGUUCUCUAUUAUCAUAGACCCUUACCCAGAAGACGACUUAAUCCUCGAUCCAAAGCUAAUAUUUUACUGUAUGGAUGCAUCAAUUGCGGUUAAGCCGCUAUUUGCUAAAUACAGGAAUGUUAUUCUAACCUCAGGAACAAUCUCUCCACUGCCUACAUAUGCAAAAUUACUAGACUUUAAGCCUGUAAUAAUGAGGUCUUUCGGAAACACAUUGCCUCGGAAUGCUAUCUACCCCCUCAUCGUCAAUAAAGGUACGGAUCAGCUUCAAAUAUCCUCAAAAUUUGAUGAUAGAGAUGACUCUGCAAUCCUUCGAAACUACGGAGCUCUCCUGUCUGAGCUGUGAGCUACAGUUCCAGAUGGAAUCGUAUGUUUCUUUCCAAGUUAUCGCUACAUGGAGAACAUUAUCUGCAAGUGGGACGAUAUGGGAAUAAUGCAGAAAAUCCUUGAACACAAACUCAUCUACGUGGAGACCAAAGAUCUAAAUAAUUCGGUAAUCGCACUUGAAAACUUCAGGAAAAGCUGUGAUUGAGGGAGAGGAGCCAUCUUCCUCUCUAUUGCUCGAGGAAAAGUUGCAGAAGGAGUCGAUUUCCAAGGACAUUAUGGAAGAUGUGUCGUGGUCAUUGGGAUUCCCUUCCAAUACACCCUCUCAAGGACUCUUAAAUGCCGUCUUGAGUUCCUUAAGAAGAAAAUGGAUAUGGACGAUUCAGAUUUUCUCAUCUUUGACGCUAUGAGGCAAACUGCCCAGUGAAUGGGCAGAGUUAUUCGUAACAAACAAGAUUAUGGACUCAUGGUCUUCGCUGAUAAGAGAUAUGCUAGAAAGGACAAAAUUUCUAAACUUCCUCAAUGGAUUCAGGAUAAAAUUGAGAAGAAAAAUACGGGAAUUUCAACAGAUAUGGGUGUCCAAAUCGCUAAAAGCUUCUUUAAGGACAUGAGUCAGCCCUUUGAAUUCCCAAAAGACCUUCUAUACGAUAACGAAACCCUUGAGGAGCUUAAUCAAAAGCGACAAGAAGAGGCCAAACCUCCUCUUGUAGAUCUUGAAGGAGAAAGUGAUGAUGAAAACAUUAUUAAAAUUUCUUUAGCUGAUCUCCCAUAAAUUCAACUUCUUGCUAAUUUUUC